AUGGUGGAGUGGACUGAGGAUCUAUUCCCGAAUGCUGCCGACAUCCAGCCCCACGAACCCCUGGAGGACUACCGACCGGGAGGCUUCCACCCUGUUACUCUUGGCGAUACCUUCCAAGACGGGAGGUAUGUAAUUAGGCACAAGCUAGGCUUUGGAGGGCAGGCGACGGUGUGGCUUGCGCAGGACACUCGGCAGAGCCAAUGGGUCUCGCUGAAGAUCAAGCAGGCUCGUAUAAGUGAAGGUCCACUAGAGCAAGACCAGGAAAUACAAGCCCUGCUGGCUCUGGAGAAGCACUACACCGGCAGCGACCAGAAACUAACGAGGUGUUUCACUCGGCUGUUAGCGACUUUCAAGAUCUUCGGGCCUAAUGGAACGCACAACUGCCUUGUCACUGAAGUGAUCGGCCCUUCUGUAGCGAGGGUACUUCGCGCGUGCAGCCUCUUCGGCGAGACGCUGAGACCUGACACGGUGCUCCGAGCUUCGAAGCGUGUUCUUCAGGCAGUCGACUUUGCGCAUCGUGCCGGGGUGGUUCAUGGAGAUAUAUCAUUUGGAAACGUUGCAUUCACUUGUGAUGUGGCCCUUAAUGGUGAAGAGGACAUAUUCGUUGCGCUCGGCGGGCAACCCCUGACAGCGAAUUAUGCUGGCAGAACACCCUUAUCUCCAAAUAUGCCUCGCACACUAGUAAAGACGGCAGACUGGGACAUGUGGACCGACCGCGACGAGGAGGACAUACGCCUCCUGGACUGGGGUUUGGCAUUUCCAGUUAGCCAAGUAGUCACGACGCUCCCUCAGCCCAUCGACCUUAGAUCACCAGAGACUUUCUUCUGUGCAUCGAUAGAUUUACGCCAUGACCUGUGGAGGGCUGGAUGUGUUAUCUAUGCCCUGUAUUUCCAACAAUCACCCUUUCCGUUUGAAAGUGGAUCCGAUGCCGCCUUCGUGGGGAAAAUGGUGUCAAGGCUUGGUCCGCUACCGGCUGAAUGGCACUUACUCUGGAGAGAGAUGCAGAGACCGAGCGCCGACUCUCCACUGAAUGGCGAGACAAAUGGAUUUGAUCAAAUACAAGAGGAGACAUAUGAGGAGAGGAGAACAAUUAUUAUCGGGAAGUGUCGGGAGGGAGAUUACCAAGCGGACGAGGUUUCCAAUUACGACUUCGAAUCACUCCAAGUGCUGUCUCGCACAAUAUCCGCACUCUUAAGAUGGAAGCCUGUGAGCCGUGCGUCUGCCCAAGUCGCACUUUCGCUCAUCAAAUGGGUUGACUACCGCAACGAGACUUGA